CUGCGUUUCCUAUCCUAGCGUCAUUACUUGAGAGAUAUCUCUGACUAUAUAAGAUGACUACAAGCUCAGACAACCUUUUGCAAGUAGCAACAAGCUAAAUAUACCUCAACUUUCCCUUACCUGUGCUUACCAUCAUCAUCUUCAAAAUGGCUACCAACCUUUACAACCCAGACGUUGCCGUUGUCGGCGCUGGCCUCAGCGGCCUCCGUGCUGCAAGAGAAAUACAGAAUUCAGGGCUGUCAUGCGUCGUGCUCGAGUCGCUCGACCGUGUUGGUGGCAGGACCCUCUCCAUGCCAACGAAAGAGAAUGGUAAGGCACCUGUCGACCUGGGCGCCGCUUGGAUAAACGACUCGUCGCAGACGGAGAUGUUUGCGCUGGCUCAGGCAUUCGGCUUCGACCUUGUGAAGCAGCGAGCAGAAGGAACCUCGAUAUACCAGGAUGAACUUGGAAACGUAACGCCCACGCCAUAUGAAAUGGAAUCGGUGCUCUCACCGGAGGAAAUCGGCAAGAUGGACGCUUUGACGGCCACCAUCAACAAGUUCGUCGAGAGAGCCGAUUCUAAUAACCCCCGUCAGGGACCUGAUGCCGCAAAACUCGACUCCAUGACCGCAAUGGAGUUUGUGGACCAGGAGUGUGGUGGGGAUCGAGUAGCUCAUUCGUUGAUGGCAACGGUUUCCGGUUCGCUGCUUGGUGUUAGUCCGGACAAAAUUAGUGCACUACAGCUUGUUCACUAUAUCAAAGGCGGUACGGGCCUGACCAACGCUAUUUCUGAGCUGAAGAAUGGAGGACAAUACCUGCGGAUUCAGCAGGGUUGCCAGAGCUUUGCAACAUGUCUAGCCGCUCAGCUCAGCCCUGGAACCAUUCAAGUUUCGAGCCCUGUCCAACGGAUCCGUCAGUCGGAGGACGGUUGCGUGGUCGAAACUACGGACGGUACCCGAUACAACACCAAGAAGAUUGUCAUAUCAGUUCCCACGUCCCUCUAUCAUAAAAUCCUUUUCGAGCCAGAGCUUCCUACGGCCAAAAGAACCCUUGGUGAAUCAACAAAGUUUGGCUAUUAUGCCAAAACAAUCCUCGUUUUCUCAUCGCCCUGGUGGCAGGAGAACGGUUUGUCAGGCUGCUUGAGCUCAGAGAAAGGUCCGAUAAGCUUCGCCCGGGAUUCAUGCGCUCCCAAAGAUGGGCAGUACAGCUUCACUUGCUUCCACGUUGCCAAGCAGGGACAAGACUGGUCAGAGCUAUCAGCGGAGGAGAGGCAACGCGCUGUUCUAGAACAUUUUCGUACCAUGUUCAAUGUUGUUGUGAAGGAUGUUCCGGAGCCUGUUCAAAUACUGGAGAAGGAAUGGGCUAAGGAUCCAUGGUUUGGAGGUGCAUCGGUCCCUGUCAUGAUGCCAGGUGUCAUGACUAGUGAUGCAGGUGCUGCUAUUCGUGAUGCCGUGGGACAUAUCCAUUUCGUAGGCACAGAAACAGCUACCGAGUGGAUGGGAUACAUGGAGGGAGCGAUUCGGUCUGGUAUUCGAGGAGGAAAAGAAGUAAUUGCUGCACUCAACCAGACAGUCUAGGCCGAGCUGUUUGUUUUCAGACAGGCCCAUACCACUUCGUUAUAACAAUAAACAAGUCUACAACCAGA